AUGCUUAGCCAAGAAGAAGAAUUCUGUGAACAACAUUUCAAAGACACUUACAGACGAAAUGAAGAUGGCAGAUUUAUCGUAAAAAUGCCUAUGAAAGACGAACAAUUAGGAGAUUCAAAGCACUUAGCCAACAUUAGACUCAAUCAAUUAGUUAAACGUCUUAGCAAAAACGCUACAUUGCAACAUUUAUAUCAAGAUUUCAUAACAGAAUAUGAAAAUUUGGACCAUAUGGAAAGGGUCGAUGAUAAUUCAAAACCGGAACUUGAAUAUUACCUUCCCCAUCAUGGAGUAUAUAGACCAGAGAAGUCAAGUACAAAAUUAAGAGUUGUGUUUAAUGCUAGUGCCCCAAGCUCAAAUGGCUUAAGUUUGAAUGAUUUACUUUUAGCGGGAGCAGUCCAAGAAGAUACUUUUGAUAUUCUUGUGAGAUUUAGAAAACAUCAAGUUGCAGUUAUUGUGGAUAUACAAAAAAUGUACCGGCAAAUUUUAGUUGAUGAAUCCCAAAGAGACUUACUUCGAAUCUUUAUGGAAGAGAAACCUUAG